AUGACGGAGAUCAGAAGAAAGUAUUUGGACCGAUUUCAUAUGAUGGUAGUUUCAAGAUACUUUGAGUAUGAAAACGACUAUAUUAACAUCAUUCAAGUGUGCAAAAAGUAUGUGAAUUUGUUGGAACUCUUUAGGUACAACCCGAUUCCCGUCACAUCCACAAAGUUGUUUCCAAACAUUCAAACGCACUACUUAUACUUCUCUUAUGAAAAAAAGUUGGCUAAUGUUUCACUUGAAGUCAUUUGUUAUCCCGUGAGUGUCAAGAAGUAUCUGGAGUGUAAAAAAGAAGGUGUGAAGUGUUUGAAUGUCUGUGCGGAAGCAAUGGACGGACCACUUUUAUUUGAUGGAAGUAACACAGAAAUAGCCAAAGUGGUCUCUUCACUCUCAGAGAAGUGUUUCCAAGGAAAGAGAAUCAAGGCAGUCAUAUUGCCGAAUCAUAUCACUUCGCUUGGUAACAAUUGUUUCUCGGACUGCAAUGAAUUGAAAAGUGUGGUGCUUCCAAACACACUGACAACACUCCCAUUCAUGUGUUUUUCUUCGUGUCGACAGUUAAAAGAAAUCGAAAUCCCCUCAGGCGUCGUGUGGAUGGAAGCAACGUUUUUUGGGUGUAUGUCUUUGAGUCGGGUGACAUUCCCCGACACGUUAAAAAUGAUUGGGAAUCACACGUUCAAUUAUUGUGCAUUACUUGACAAAGUCACUUUACCGACUCGAUUGUGUCGCAUUGGUGUUUCGUGUUUUGAGAGAUGUGGUUCGCUCAAGAAGAUAGAAAUUCCAGAGAGAGUUGUUUCCAUAGAUAACAAAGCGUUUUGCAAUUGUGGACUGACUAGUGUUAAACUCCCGAGCAAUUUAAAAGAGAUUGGAUCGCGCUGUUUUUCUAAGUGUAAACGACUUCAGUCAUUUGAAAUCCCAAAGAGUGUGAUAUUAUUAGGGUUAUGUAUACUAGAGGGGUGCACUUCACUCACCAGUUUUAAGAGUGCUGUCGAUAAUAACGGCGAUCUUUAUUACGAAUUCUCAAAUUUUGAAAAGAAGAUCAUCCAGUCUUGCGAUAAAGAUAUCGGAUUUUAUAAUGUCAACUUCAUGCCAGGGUUGGGAGGCGAUAAAAUUGAAAUACCUUUGGGGCUCGAUUGUGGAAUUCUGGCGACUGAAAGUUUCAAAUCAAAUUUGACGCUUGAAAGUAUUUUCAUACCACAAAGCAUCGUUCACUUGGACGAAAAAUGCUUUUACGAAUGUCGAAAUUUGUCAUCGAUAGCUUUGGCUUCGUCGGUGACUGCAAUUGGAAGUGGCGCAUUUGGUUGCUGUGAUAAGCUUCAAAUAUUUGAUGCGCCACAGUGUUCGCUUCGAAUGCUCGAAAGUGAUGUUUUCAAAGAAUGCACAUCACUUAAAACCAUAGCCAUCCCGACGUCUGUCACUCGAAUUAAAGACUCGUGUUUUGAGGGAUGUGUCUCUUUACAGUCUAUAUUAAUUCCACCUCUUGUCAAGAAAAUUGGACGCAACUGUUUUUGUGGUUGCGACAAACUUGAAAGAAUUGAAUUUAAAAGUUGUGUUGCGAUAAAAACCGGGACUUUUGAAGGAUGCACGGCAUUAACGAGGGUUGAUGCACCCUUUAAAUACAACAAAGAGGUGACUACGUAUGCGGACAAACAGUUAUUAGAACGGUUUGAUAUCAAAUGCGACAAUGUUGUGUUUACAAAGGACGACUUUUUGCGAUAUAACCCGCAACCGAAUACGUAUCACUUCCCAACAGACUGCGACAUGGAAAUUGAUGCUGGUAUAUUUGAAGCAAAAGCUCUCACUGCAUUUGUAUUUCCGGAGAAUAUCACAGGAGUUGAUGGAGAGAUGUUCAAAGACUGUUUACAACUGACACGAGUUGUAUUUCCAUCGAGGCUUGAAAAUAUGAAGCGAUGUCAAUUCAAGAAUGUGCCACAAUUAAAAGAAAUUGUGAUGCCGCACAUCCCAACGAAACUGUUUUAUUCGUGUUUUGAAGAAUGCACGGCUUUGACAUUGUUUGACUGUGGUACACAAGUCUUUACAAGUAAAGUCUCGUUGACGACUCGGAACAUUUUGGCGCAAUGCGGAGUCAAAUGCACACACCUGUGUUACACUCAGCGAGACUCAAAUACAAUGGGAAAGUUCUUUUCAAGUGAUGAACCUUUCAAUGUGAAGUCGUUUGAUAAUUACACAUUUGAUUUUGGUCUGACAACGUGCGACAUCCCAACAACAAUUACUUCAAUUGAGAAUAACGCGUUUUUGAUGGCUUUUGGAUUGGAACAUGUCACCCUUCCUUCAACAAUUUUAAAGAUCGGGAGAACUGCUUUUAUCGAGUGUCAAAACCUCAAAGAAAUUGUGUUUCCUCCAGGCUUGAAGAAAAUACCAAAUAAAGUGUGUAUGGCGUGUUUUUCAUUAUCAAAAGUGGUGUUUCCCGAUGUCUGCACCAAAAUUGGAUCAACUGCUUUUUACUCGUGUCCUUCACUCACAGAAGUUACUAUACCAAAAAGCGUCGUAAAAAUCAAAGGCUCGUGCUUUAAUCGAUGUACCAAUUUGGAGAAAAUCACAUUUGAAGGAGACAAGAUCCAAAAAUUUGGAUUCAAUCUGUUUUACAAAUGUUUUUCAUUGAAAGAGAUUGCAAUACCCCCAUUAGUCACUUCUAUUCAGCCAUUUUGCUUUUUCAAGUGCGAAAAAUUGAAAGAAAUUGCGAUACCAUCGACUGUCACAAGAAUCGGAUUUGUUGCGUUUAAGAGGUGUUAUUCACUCACGAAGGUUGUUAUUCAAAAUGGCACUCUGGAGCUCGGGAAAGAGUGUUUUUCGUAUUGCACUUCAUUGGCUUCAAUUUCACUUCCAGACACUAUCACAAAUAUCGAAGGCGGGACUUUUUUGGGGUGCAAAACACUCACUUCUCUCACAAUACCAAAGGAUAUCACAAAGCUCGAAAUUGGGUUUGUCGAAGAAUGCAAUGCACUCCAACAAAUUUAUAAAGGAGAUAAAAGACUGAAAUCCUAUGAAUUCACUACUGGGUAUAACCAGUCCCUUGUUAUGAACAAAAAUGCUAUUAAAACACCACACGUGGUUUAUUCGUCGAAGGAUGUUGUUAUUGAGGAGGGUAGUAUUGUUGUACCAAACAGUAUUACGGAGAUUGGAGACAACUGUUUUAGGCCUUUCGAUAAAAUCAAGUCGAUCACCUUGUCGCGAAAUGUGAAGAUUGUUGGAAAGAACUCGUUUGGACAGGUUGGGGAAAGUCAAAUUCAUUACAUAUAA